UGACCCCGGCCGCCGCGAACAACGGACACUUUGAAUAUUUUAAAUUUGAUAUUUUGUAAUUUUUUUUCUCAAAUUUGUGCUCAGUGAGUGUAAGGUGCUUUUUCUUUGUGUGCCAGGCCCCAUGAAGCGGCUGUCAUGCGCCCAGCGGCACUGAUUGCACUCGUGCAGCUGUCGCUUGCUACAGCUGUUUCAGAUGUAUACGAGACACUCACAGCAGCUGAGCUAAACCUCCAAUUAUCGGGCGACAAUGCUCUCUCGCCGUUCUAUGAGGCCAGCGCCGAAGACAGCGGCACCGGGGUCAACUUCGUCAGAAACUUUCGACAAGCCGACUCACCAUUAGCGCCUGAUAUAAACGUGCAAUGUUCGGACGACUUCAUUCAAGUUACAGUCGAUUUUCCUGAUGUGUUCGAUGGUAUCAUUUAUAGUAAAGGGUUCUUGAAUGAUCCUAAGUGCAAAUAUGUGUCAUUUGGUGGCAGUCAGUCAAGAUAUUCGUUCCAAGUACCUCUGCAGGGCUGCGGCUCCCGUCCUCUAUGUAACGCGUGUGGUACUAUCGACAAUGUUCUCAUCUUUCAAGCGGAUGAGUUUGUGCAGGGGCCAUUAGACUUUGCUAGGAAGGUCUCAUGUGCUCGCACAUCUCUCGAAGUGUCAGCAGGUGCGGGUUAUAAAGAAGAGACGCACACGUUAAAAUUGAAACCCUUCAUGGUCGAUAUGCUAGAUGUUGUCGCCGUGCAGGGACCUGCUGGUAGUGUGGAGUGCUGGAUGGAUAUUCAGAAGGGAAUUUUCCCGAAUACCUCGCCCCUGAAAGGAUCGAUCAAAAUUGGAGAGUAUCUUACGAUACUUAUAUAUUUGAAGGAUAUCAGGAACCAAUUCAACUUGAAGAUUCACGAUUGUUGGGCAUAUGACAGUGACAACUAUGACAGUCCUAAAACAAAUAAGAUCCAACUAACCGAUAAAGAAGGAUGUCCCAAGAAGCGAAAACUAGUCGAUUUAUGGCAAAAAUCGACUAAUACCGGAACAAGUGGAGCUACUUUGAUUGCUUAUAGUAAAGUUAGCGCAUUUCGUUUCCCAGAAACCGAGCAAGUAUACCUUACUUGCAAUGUUGAGCUAUGCACAAACAACUGUGACGCUAAUUGCCAAGGAAUAGAAACUGAAACAUCAUCUACCAGUCGACCACAACUCCAAUGCUACCCAGGCUCUCCAGAUCCAAGAUGUCAAACCAUAACAGCACCACCUCAAGUGAAAUGUUAUCCAGGAAGUACGGAUCCUCGCUGUGAACAGUCUUUGACUACGAAAACUCCACCAACAUACUUGCCAUCUCCAACUCCCAACUGUUAUCCCGGUAGUACUGAUCCGAAAUGUCCACAACCGACAACGCCGUCGCAACCAAACUGCUAUCCAGGAAGCAUUGAUCCAAGAUGUCCACGGCCUACAACGCCGUCCCCACUAAAUUGCUACCCAGGCAGUACAGAUCCUCGAUGCCCAAAACCCAGUCCUUCAAAACCCUCCUGCUAUCCAAGUUCUUCGGAUCCGGAUUGUCAGCAACCGGACCAGCCUGCAACUAAUAAACCCCCAACCUUCUUGCCUCCGACUACUUCAGCACCUAAUUGUUUUCCUGGUAGUCUAGAUCCACGAUGCCCUAAACCUCCUGCACCUCAAACUUGCUAUCCCGGAAGCACGGAUCCUCGCUGUUCAAGACCUACUCCUCCAGCGCCACCAAAUUGUUAUCCUGGUAGCGUCGAUCCUCGUUGUCCCAAACCAACAUCACCUGGACCUACGAGUCCCGCUCAACCCAACUGCUAUCCUGGCAGUACGGACCCUAGAUGUCAACGACCUACACCAUCAAAACCUGUGUGCUAUCCAGGUUCACCUGAUCCUGCAUGUCCUCAGCAGCUUCGACCGACUACGGAUAGUGCACCUACUUAUUUACCACCCUUUACUACACCUGCAGCACCCAAAUGCUUCCCUGGUAACGACGAUCCAAGAUGCCCCCAACCUACCACUCCUGCACCACCUAAUUGUUACCAAGGAAGCACAGAUCCUCGAUGUCCCAAACCAACUACUGUCAGACCCACAACGCCAGCUCUUCCCAAUUGCUACCCUGGUAGUUCUGAUCCUCGUUGUCCUAGACCUACUCCUCCUAAGCCCACAGCUCAAGCACCUCCUAACUGCUACCCGGGUAGCACAGAUUCGCGCUGUCCAAGGCCUACUACACCACAGCCACCAAACUGUUACCCCGGAAGCACCGACCCCCGUUGCCCCAAACCCACUUCUCCUAGACCAACUACUCCUGCUCCUCUUAACUGCUAUCCAGGCAAUACCGACCCACGUUGUCCUAAGCCAACGACAGCAACACAACUUCAGUGCUACCCGGGCAGCACUGACUCUAGGUGUCCUCGACCAACUACACCAAAACCAGUUUGUUAUCCAGGAUCUCCUGAUCCUAACUGUCCACAGCCGCCAAGGCCUACAACUCUAAACCCUCCCACAUAUUUGCCUCCCGCAACAACGCCAGCAGCACCAAGAUGCUUUCCUGGUAGUAAUGAUCCCAGGUGUCCAAAACCGACACCCCCGGCGCCUCCAAAUUGUUACCCAGGAAGUACAGAUCCUCGGUGUCCUAAACCAACGUCUCCUAGACCCACGACGCCAGCACCUCCUAAUUGCUACCCUGGCAGUACGGAUCCACAAUGCCCAAGACCUACCUCACCCAGACCGACUACACCUGCGCCUCCAAAUUGUUAUCCAGGAAGCACUGAUCCUCGUUGUCCUAGACCUACUCCUCCAAAGCCCACAUCUCAAGCCCCUCCUAACUGUUACCCCGGUAGCACAGACCCGCGCUGUCCCCGUCCUACUACCCCAGCACCACCAAAUUGCUACCCAGGCAGUACUGACCCACAAUGCCCAAGUCCUACCUCACCCAGGCCAACUACACCCGCGCCUCCAAAUUGUUAUCCCGGAAGCACUGAUCCCCGUUGUCCUAGACCUACUCCUCCAAAGCCCACUACUCAAGCACCUCCUAACUGCUACCCCGGUAGCACAGACCCGCGCUGUCCUCGUCCUACUACUCCAGCACCACCAAAUUGCUACCCCGGAAGUACGGAUCCACGAUGCCCAAGACCUACCUCACCUAGGCCAACAACUCCUACUCCUCUUAACUGCUAUCCAGGCAAUACCGACUCACGUUGUCCAAAACCAACAACAGAAACACAACUUCAGUGCUACCCGGGCAGCACUGACUCUAGGUGUCCCCGACCAACUACGCCAAAACCGGUUUGUUAUCCAGGAUCACCUGAUCCUAACUGUCCACAGCCGCCAAGGCCUACAACUCUAAACCCUCCCACAUAUUUGCCUCCUUCAACAACGCCAGCAGCGCCAAGAUGCUUCCCUGGUAGUAAUGAUCCCAGGUGUCCAAAACCGACGCCGCCAGCGCCUCCUAAUUGUUACCCAGGAAGUACAGAUCCUCGGUGUCCUAAACCAACGUCUCCUAGACCCACGACACCAGCACCUCCUAAUUGCUACCCUGGCAGUACGGAUCCACGAUGCCCAAGACCUACCUCACCUAGACCAACUACACCUGCGCCUCCAAAUUGUUAUCCAGGCAGCACUGAUCCUCGUUGUCCUAGACCUACUCCUCCAAAGCCCACAUCUCAAGCCCCUCCUAACUGUUACCCCGGUAGCACAGACCCGCGCUGUCCCCGUCCUACUACCCCAGCACCACCAAAUUGCUACCCAGGCAGUACUGACCCACAAUGCCCAAGUCCUACCUCACCCAGGCCAACUACACCCGCGCCUCCAAAUUGUUAUCCCGGAAGCACUGAUCCCCGUUGUCCUAGACCUACUCCUCCAAAGCCCACUACUCAAACGCCUCCUAACUGCUACCCCGGUAGCACAAACCCGCGUUGUCCCCGUCCUACUACCCCAGCACCACCAAAUUGCUACCCUGGAAGUACGGAUCCACGAUGCCCAAGACCCACCUCACCUAGACCAACUACUCCUGCUCCUCUUAACUGCUAUCCAGGCAAUACCGACCCACGUUGUCCAAAGCCAACGACAUCAACACAACUUCAGUGCUACCCAGGCAGCACUGAUUCUAGAUGUCCUCGACCAACUACACCAAAACCGGUAUGUUAUCCAGGAUCACCUGAUCCUGACUGUCCACAGCCACCAAGACCUACAACUCUAAGCCCUCCCACAUAUUUGCCUCCCUCAACAACGCCAGCAGCACCAAGAUGCUUCCCUGGUAGCAAUGAUCCCAGGUGUCCAAAACCGACGCCGCCAGCGCCUCCAAAUUGUUACCCAGGAAGUACAGAUCCUCGGUGUCCUAAACCAACGUCUCCUAGACCCACGACGCCACCACCUCCUAAUUGCUACCCUGGCAGUACGGAUCCACGAUGCCCAAGACCUACCUCACCCAGACCGACUACACCUGCGCCUCCAAAUUGUUAUCCAGGAAGCACUGAUCCUCGUUGUCCUAGACCUACUCCUCCAAAGCCUACAACUCAAGCGCCUCCUAACUGCUACCCCGGUAGCACAGACCCGCGUUGUCCUCGUCCUACUACCCCAGCACCACCAAAUUGCUACCCUGGAAGUACGGAUCCACGAUGCCCAAGACUUACCUCGCCCAGGCCAACUACACCUGCGCUUCCAAAUUGUUAUGGCGGAAGCACUGAUCCCCGUUGUCCUAGACCUCCUCCUCCUCCUCAGCCCACAACUCAAGCGCCUCCUAACUGCUACCCCGGUAGCACAGACCCGCGUUGUCCCCGUCCUACUACCCCAGCACCACCUAAUUGCUACCCUGGAAAUACGGAUCCACGAUGCCCAAGACCUACCUCACCUAGGCCAACAACUCCUGCUCCUCUUAACUGCUAUCCAGGCAAUACCGACCCACGUUGUCCUAAGCCAACGACAGCAACACAACUUCAGUGCUACCCGGGCAGCACUGACUCUAGGUGUCCCCGACCAACUACGCCAAAACCGGUUUGUUAUCCAGGAUCACCUGAUCCUAACUGUCCACAGCCGCCAAGGCCUACAACUCUAAACCCUCCCACAUAUUUGCCUCCUUCAACAACGCCAGCAGCGCCAAGAUGCUUCCCUGGUAGUAAUGAUCCCAGGUGUCCAAAACCGACGCCGCCAGCGCCUCCAAAUUGUUACUCAGGAAGUACAGAUCCUCGAUGUCCUAAACCAACGUCUCCUAGACCCACGACGCCAGCACCUCCUAAUUGCUACCCUGGCAGUACGGAUCCACGAUGCCCAAGACCUACCUCACCCAGGCCAACUACACCUGCGCCUCUAAAUUGUUAUCCAGGAACCACUGAUCCUCGUUGUCCUAGUCCUACUCCUCCAAAGUCCACAUCUCAAGCGCUUCCUAACUGCUACCCCGGUAGCACAGACCCGCGCUGUCCCCGUCCUACUACCCCAGCACCACCUAAUUGCUACCCUGGAAGUACGGAUCUACGAUGCCCAAGACCUACUUCACCUAGGUCAUCAACUCCUGCCCCUCUUAACUGCUAUCCAGGCAAUACCGACUCACGCUGUCCAAAGUCAACGACAGAAACACAACUUCAGUGCUAUCCGGGUAGCACUGACUCUAGGUGUCCUCGACCAACUACACCAAAACCGGUUUGUUAUCCAGGAUCACCUGAUCCUAGCUGUCCACAGCCGUCAAGGCCUACAACUCGAAACCCUCCCACAUAUUUACCACCUUCGACAACACCAGCUGCACCAAGAUGUUUUCCUGGCAGUAAUGACCCUAGAUGUCCUAAACCUACCUCACCGGCACCUCCCAAUUGCUACCCAGGAAGCACAGAUCCUCGCUGUCCAAGUCCUACUACCCCAGCACCACCAAAUUGUUACCCUGGCAGUACAGACCCACAAUGCCCAAGACCUAGCUCACCUAGACCAACUACACCCGCACCUGCAAAUUGUUAUCCCGGAAGCACUGAUCCUCGUUGUCCUAGACCCACUCCUCCAAAGCCCACUCUACCUAAUUGUUUCCCUGGUAGCAAUGAUCCACGCUGUCCUAGUCCAACGACGCCUGAACAACCAAGGUGCUACCCUGGUACAACGGAUCCUCGAUGUCCUCAAACAACACCAACUCCACCACGUUGUUAUCCUGGUUCACCAGAUCUAAAAUGUCCUCAGCCACCAAAACCUACAACAUUGAACCCACCUACUUAUCCUCCACCAUCCACACAAACGCAAAUAAAAUGCUAUCCCGGCUCUACUGAUCCUCGUUGUCCCAAACCUACAACAUCCGCCCCUCUAAAAUGUUACCCUGGCACCACAGAUCCACGUUGCCCGCAACCAACGACACAGGCACUACCUCGUUGCUAUCCUGGCAGCACCGAUCCUCAAUGCCCACAAUUUACAACUCCAGCACCAUCAAGAUGUUACCUUGGUUCUUCUGAUCCUAAGUGUCCAAAGCCAACGACGCAACAGCCUGGGUGCUACCCUGGAUCGACAGACCCAAGAUGUCCGCAGUCUUCUACAUCAAGACCACAAAAACCCAUAUGCUAUCCUGGGUCUCCAGACCCCAACUGUCCUCAGCCACCAAGACCUACGACUCUUAAUCCACCUACCUACUUACCCCCCUCCACUUCUGGUCCAAAAUGCUAUCCUGGAUCUAAUGAUCCCAGAUGCCCAAAACCAACCAUUCCUGAGCAACCGCGUUGUUUCCCUGGUUCUACCGAUUCUCGUUGCCCUAGACCAACGACAUCUGUACCACCUGCUCCACUUAACUGCUUCUCAGGUAGUAAUGAUCCAAGGUGUCCAAAACCCACUACACCUGAACGACCGCGAUGCUAUCCUGGAUCAAACGAUCCCAAAUGUGCAAGAGCAACCACCCCUCAGUCUCUUGAACCUACUACAAUUGCACAACCAAGUUGCUACCCUGGUAGUUCAGACCCAAGAUGUCCUAAAUCAACUACACAAGUACCUCCUCGAUGUUUCCCUGGUAGUAACGAUCCUAGGUGCCCAAGACCUUCCUCAACACGACAACCAGUAUGUUUCCCUGGUAGUAAUGAUCCAAGAUGUCCUCAGCCAACUACCCAACCUCCUCCGAAUUGUUACCCUGGCAGUAACGAUCCCAGGUGUCCAAAGGAUACUACAACUGCAAAGCCUAUAUGUUAUCCAGGUUCUUCCGAUCCUAAAUGUCCUCAACUCCCGCGACCUACAACACUGAACCCCCCUACAUAUUUGCCUCCGUCCACUCAAGAACCGAGAUGCUACCCAGGUUCGACCGACCCGAAAUGCCCUCAACCAACAACGCAACCUUCUCCAAUAUGUUUCCCUGGCAGUAGAGACUCUAGGUGUCCUAAACCUUCAACAACUGAACAACCAAGGUGCUUCCCUGGUAGCACGAAUCCAAGAUGUCCUCAGCCAACUACACAACCUCCUCUACGAUGUUUACCUGGCAGUAACGACCCUAGAUGUCCCAAACCUUCAACAACUGAACAACCGAGAUGCUACCCUGGUAGCACGGAUCCAAAAUGUGCUCAACCUGCAAUUCCAAGCUCAUGUUACCCAGGAUCCAAGGAUCCCAAGUGCCCACAACCAUUCGCUCCAAGUAGCACAAACCCGCCAUCUACUUAUUUGCCACCGUUCCCGGCAGAAAAUGAAAUAAAACCAAGGACUAGUAGAUUGGCUUCCAAGAACGUUGACUACGAUGAUGAGUCACAGUCAGAAAUCGAUCACUUCGAGUUUUCAAGGACAAAACCAAGGUCUCGUCAUGCAAGAGAUGUAAGCAGUAUUGGUGAAGUAGUGGCUCAAGCAAGUCAUGGAUCAGCAAUUAUUUACAUAGCCAUGGCAUCAGUUGCUUUCGUAAUCCUAUCUGCCACCCUUGCCGUGUACUUGUACACAAACACUAGAAGACUUAGACUUAACACAUUUUCCAAGUCAAUCAAUGAAAAGACGGCUCAGAAUGUUUGCUAAUUGUUUGCAAUUAUUAAAGUUUACAAAUUAAUUGCGAAUGUUAAUCUGCAUGUAAGAUUACCUUAUGGUCGAUUGUAAGUUUCAUGUACUUAUAGAGUACCUAUUCAUUUGACAUAUAAUAAUUAGAUGCAAAAAUAAACUCGUUUUAAAGUCCUAUAACAUACUUUCGCACGCAGACUGUCACAAAUAGGGGAAUUAAUGAAAUGAAGUUUUUUAGAAAUCAUUCUUGUGUGUGUGUGUAUAGAUUUUUACAUCAUUCACACCUGAUAUUAAUCUCUGUAAUAUUCUCAAAUGUACCUAUAUAUUUUUUAAAUGAUUCUGAUAUGGCUGCACUGUUAAAGUUAAUGUAAUUAAGUGUAACAAUCACUGCCUUUUAGCUUUAUAAAUUACUCCAGGCCUAUCUUAAAGGAUGCCUAUUUUAUCGUUUUAUGGAAUAAAAUAGUGCCAUAAUCAAUUAUAAUAUACUAUUGCAUCCUCAGAAAGUUCAUUAUUAUACAUAUUUUAAUAAAUUGUAUAACAUUAUUUUUAUGUAUAUCCUAGUCAAAUAUAACUUUUUAUAUUUUUGUUUGCUAUGUACGACCUUUAUUAU